GCAAAAUUCGAAAGAAGGAAGCGUAAAGUUAUUAUUCUCCAUAUAUUUCAUUAAAGUGAUCAAUUAGCAAAAUAAUUCAAAGAGUUAAUAAUGCCGGUAAAUGAUAAUAUAUCGCCGUCAGCAACCCCAGCAUCAGUCAGUAAUCGACCAUUGCUUGAGCCAUUCACUUCGAAGGAGGCCAGGAUUUCACUGCUCCAAAAGGCAGGAGCAGAAUUUGUAGGAACAUUCAUACUAGUAUUUUCAGCAGCAGGUGGGCCCAUAGUGAACCAAAAGUUUGACGGAGCAGAAAGUCUAUUAGGAAACGCAGCAUGUUCUGGACUUGCAGCAAUAAUAGCAAUCUUAUCAUUGGGCCACAUAUCAGGGGCCCAUAUAAACCCAGCUGUUACUCUUGCUUUUGCAGCCUUUAAACAUUUUCCAUGGAUCCAAGUACCCGUAUACAUAUUCGCCCAAGUAUGUGGAGGAAUAUCAGCUGGCUUCUUGCUUAAGCUUGCUUACCACCCGUUUAUGUCGGGUGGGGGUACUGUGCCGUCUCCAACAGCUAGCUUUGGUCAGGCAUUUUUGCUUGAGAUUGUUGCCACUUUUUUCCUCAUGUUCGUUAUCACUGCUGUCGCCACAGAUACUCGUGCUGUGGGUGAGUUAGCAGGUAUCGCGAUUGGAACUACUAUCCUGCUUGAUAUACUUCUCAUUGGGCCAAGUACAGGUGGGUCGAUGAAUCCAGCAAGGACACUAGGACCAGCCUUAGCAGCAGGAAGGUACCAUGGAAUAUGGAUAUACAUGUUGGCUCCGCCCAUAGGAGCCAUUCUUGGAGCAGGCAUCUAUUCAGUUCUUAAACUUAAGGAUGACACAACUGAAGGAUCACCUCAGCGCGCUAAAAGUUUCAGUCGCUAAUGUAAGAAAAAUGAUCUCCCGAUACAACAUAUAAUGUUAUAAACAAAUACAACGCACGUACCAAUAUUAUAAGAAAAGGGAUGGGCAUGCAGCUCAUAUUGUUGGCAUGUACUAUACCGAAAUGUUGAUUGACUUGAAACAUGUAAUUAAGCAACAUCAUUAAUUUUUCUUGCCAAUAAACGAUUGUCUCCUGAUGAAAAUUGGUCAUAAAAUGAUGCAAGUGACCAUCUAUUUACAUUUAGUUUGUGUGUGCUACCAGCGUAUAAAUUCCUUCUUUUUUUGGAUUGUUUUAGUAAUUUAUCAACUCGUGAGGCCACCAAUGUAAUGUGGUUGGUUAAUUAUAUUCUCAUCUUGUAAUAAUAUUUGUUGAGUGAAUUCUGAAUUGUAUAAUAAUAUGCUUAUCUACCGUUA